CAAGAAACAACCAAAAUAAUUUGUUCAUAUACUCCAACUACAUAGGAUUCCCUUUUAUGUCUGAUAAAAGACCGGCUCGUACAUCUUCGGUUCCUUCCAUUGUAGAUGCUACACCUGAUCGUGCUGAAAGACCUCGGAAACAAGUUCGUCAAGUCGUAACUACUCCAAGUCGAUCAGAGGAUCCUUCUCGCAUAGUAAAACUAGAGCAAACUCCUUCUCAAGGGUUCCAUAGUGAGUUUUUAAAAAAACGCAUCACAGAUUCCUUACGCGAGCGUCCUAAUCUUUUGAACAAGUUCAUCUCUGCUAAUCAAGAAACCCCUUCAAAAGCUUCUGUUCCUAAUCCCUUUAAUUCCAGUAACGCUGAAGACUCUUCUCUUAUAGAGGAUGCAAUAACUGGACAAGAUAAUCUUGAUGUACUUGCUCCAAGGCUUAUUGUAUACCAAUUGACGCUAAAAAAUUUCAAAUCAUAUGCCGGAACACAAAUAAUUGGCCCAUUUCAUCCCUCCUUCUCUUCUAUCGUCGGCCCAAAUGGAUCUGGUAAAUCAAAUGUCAUUGACGCUUUGCUUUUUGUAUUCGGAUUUCGUGCUAGUAAACUGCGUCAAACCAAAGCUUCAGCUUUAAUUCACAAGUCUGCUGCCCAUCCUUCUCUUGAUAGCUGUGAUGUGGAAAUUGUAUUUAAAGAAGUUGAUCCGGAUUCUAAUUACAUAGAUGGCUCAGAACUGUCUAUUCGAAGGUCCGCUUAUAAGAACAAUGUAAGCAAAUACUUUCUAAAUAAUGUCGAAAGUUCUUUUUCUACUGUCUCAAAUGUACUGAAAGAACGAGGAAUCGACUUGAAUCAUAAGCGCUUUUUGAUUUUACAAGGUGAAGUUGAAUCUAUCGCACAAAUGAAACCAAAAGCGAUGACAGAAAAUGAUGACGGUUUGCUUGAAUAUCUUGAAGAUAUAAUCGGUACUUCAAAAUAUAAACCUAUCAUUGAAGAAAAAAUCAAUGAACUUUCUACUUUGAAUGAUGUUUGUAACGAAAAGGAGAACCGCUUUAAUUUAGUCGUUGCCGAGAGAAACAAAUUGGAAAGCUCAAAAAAUGAGGUCCUCGAUAUCUUAAGGGAUGAAAAUAAUUUAUAUAGAAAGCUGCAUACCCUCUACCAGUUGAACCUGUUCGAAUUAAAUUCAAAAAAGGUUCUAAUAACAAACAUGUUACAGAAAUUGGAAGAUUCUUACAAGUCAAAAAAUGCAAACUUUGAAGAAAAUGAAAAAGUCGUUUUUGAAAUGACUGAAGAAUUAACUCAGCUUAAAUCAAAAGUUCAGGAUUUGAAAAAUUCCAAUCGGGCCGAAAAGAGGGAACGUCAACGUUAUGAACAACAAGCUGUUAAGAUUGAAGAGAAGUUGAAGCAUUUAUCUUCAAAACAAAAGAAAACUCAAAAGCAGCUUGAAACUUUGUCAGCAAAUAAAUCAGAGCUUCAAUACUCUCUAGACACGCAUGAUGAUGUUCAUCAGCGUUUAACCCAAGAAAUAGAAGAAAUAUCCUCAAAGCUGUCUUCUGAAGAAGACCAACUGAACAAAAUUCGUGAGUCUCUUCGUGGAAAGACCGAAGGUAUCUCUAAUGCUAUCGAGGAAAAACAGAAAUUGAUGGCCCCUUCUGAAAAAAAAGUGAAUGAGCUGAAUUCUGUGAAACAGGUCACAAAGGCAGAACUAGAUAUGCUGUUUGAGCAAGAAAAAAGCUUAAAUGAAGAACAGCAAAAUGCAAAGAGUUCCCUUGAGAAUCUGAUAGCAGAACAGAAGGAGAAAACACUACUUCUUAAUUCAAAGAAAAAUCACCACAAUACCAUUAAGAAGGAUUCUCAAAGUUUGGAGAGAAACAUAUCCGAUUUAAGACGAAAAAAGAGCGAAUUACAUCGUGUCAUCGCUCAAAGCCGAGUAAAACUAGAAGAAAUGAAAGCUACUCUUAGCUCUUCACGCUCAAGAGGAAACGUCCUGGGAGGAUUACAAACCUUACAUGAUUCCGGUCAACUAGAAGGGUUUCACGGACGACUGGGAGAUCUAGGUACAAUUGAUAGUAAGUACGAUGUUGCAAUCUCUACAGCUUGCCCUGCAUUGAAUCAUAUAGUGGUCGAUAGUUUAGAGGUUGGCCAAAAGUGCAUAGCCUUCCUUAGGUCCAAUAAUUUAGGAAGAUCUAGUUUCAUAGUUUUACGCGCUUUACAGGAAAGGAACUUGAAGCCUAUACAAACUCCUGAGAAUGUUCCGAGGUUAUUUGAUUUGCUUCAUUUUAAAAAUGAAAUCUUCGCACCAGCGUUUUUCAGUGUUUUACAGAACACUUUGGUUGCAGAUAAUUUGGAACAGGCUAACAGAAUCGCUUUUGGAAAGACACGUUGGAGGGUUGUCACCCUUAGCGGACAACUAAUUGAUAAGUCUGGUACCAUGACUGGUGGUGGAACACGCGUAAAACAGGGCGGCAUGGCUUCUCAAUUACCUUCAGACAUAUCUCCAGUUUCCCUUAGCAAUGCUGAGGAUCAGACUACAGACGCUGAAAAUCGACAUCGACAAGUAUCAGAAGAAUUGGUCGCUCUUUUAGAAAAGAGCGACGAACUGAAGAACGAAGCCCCAUGUUUGGAAUUGGAAAUAUCCAAGCUUCAUUUGGAUUUAUCAGCAUUCAAUAAUUUGGUUGAAGGUGCCAAAAAUCAAGUUUCUAAUAGCCGUAAAGCGUUAAAGGAAGAACGAAGUUUACAGGAAAGAAAACAGAAGCUUACUGGGGACUUGACGAAACUUGAUCAACAGAUAGAUAACAUAAAAGCCUCAAAUGGUGGGCUUGUUGCUGAAGUCAGAGAACUUCAGGAUAAAAUUAUGCAGAUUGGUGGUAUCAAAUAUCGUAUACAAAAGUCUAAAGUUGAUGAUUUGCACGAACAGCAUAAGUAUAUCAAAGAAAAACUUACAAAUGUCAGUUUUGAGAAGAGAAAAAACGAGCAACGUGUUCAUUCGAUUAUAGGAGAACUAGAGUCAUUACAAUCUGAUUUUUCUACGACUCAAAAGGAAUUGGAAACGAAUGAGACUGACUUCAACUUACUUCGAGGAAAAAUUAAGGAUUAUACGACUAAAAUUGAUGAGUUAAGUAAUUCGAUCCAUGACAUUAAUGAUUCAAUCAAUGAACUUAACAAUCGUAUUGACUUUGAAUCUAAAGAGAUAAAUUCCAUGAAAGCAGAGAGACUAGAUCUCGAAAACAAAUUAACGGAACAAAAAACUGCCCAUUCGGAUGUUUUGCACAAUGAAAAAAAGUUACAGAAGCUGUUGUCCGAAUUAAUAUUACAUGACUUGAGAGAAUAUGAUCAAUCCGAGGCACGGGCUCCUGAGUUUCAGGAAUUUUCCGAAGAUGAACUUGCCUCGAUGAACAAACAAUCAUUAUAUGAAGGCAUUUCUGAGUUUAAGAAAAAGACAGAAGAAAAAGAAGUAGACGUUGGUGUUUUACAAUCUUAUUUGAGAUGCACGAAGGAAGUUGAGAAAAGAGCAUCAGAUUUCGAAGCUGACACGCGAAAAAGGAACAAUGUCAAGCAAACUGUUACUGAUUUGCAAACUCAAAGAUUAGAUGAAUUUAUGGAAGGGUUUGGUAAUAUUUCUCAGAAAUUAAAAGCUAUGUAUCAAAUUAUCACUAUGGGUGGUAAUGCUGAACUUGAGCUUGUUGACAGUUUAGAUCCAUUCUCUGAAGGCGUCUUAUUCAGUAUUAUGCCACCUAAAAAGUCUUGGAAAAAUAUCUCGAAUUUAUCUGGUGGUGAAAAGACAUUAAGCUCAUUAGCUUUAGUAUUUGCUUUACAUAGCUACAAACCUACCCCUCUAUAUGUUAUGGACGAAAUUGAUGCUGCACUGGAUUUUAAAAAUGUAUCAAUUGUCGCCAAUUAUAUAAAGGAAAGGACAAAAAAUGCCCAAUUUAUCGUCAUUUCGUUAAGAAGCAACAUGUUUGAAUUAUCUUCACGCUUGGUUGGUAUUUACAAAACGGCAAACAUGACGAAAAGUGUAACAAUAAACAAUCGGGAUCUACAAGUGAACGCAGAAAAAGACUCAGACCAUUCGCCGUCACAAGUCAAUUAGAAGUUAAAGAUGCGAGCUUGCAUUAGACUUUAAGAUAUGUACUGUUAUCUAAGAACUGUAUUUGUAUAAAUAAUUUCAAAUUAAUUCAGGUUUUCUC